AUGUCUUCCAACGAAAUCCACACCUCCACUCAAGAAUCAAGUUCACCUCCAGCAUACGAUGCUCCUCCCACUUACCAAAAAGAUCACGAAUACACCUCAAACCACCCCAGCUGCAUCAUCAAAUUAGAACAAAAAUACACCAAAGCCAAAAAAAUGUUUUCUGCUUCGAAACCCCAAAAGAUGUCCGUACAAACGCACAUUUGCAAGGACAAAGGGGAGCAAGUGAGAGAAGUUCCCGUGCAAGAAGAAAAGAAGGUCAAAUAA